AUGCUUCGGAAAGUAAAAUUUAAAUUUUCUAAUAGAUUAUGUUUUACAGAUUUGAAGUAUACGUUUAAUGGAAAUUGCAAAUAUCAUGUCAACUAUUACAUAAGGAAAACAUUUGGUGGAUCAAAUGCAACUUGCAAUAGCCUUGGAGGAGCAGUCGCAAUGAUGAAAACAGACGCAAUACAAGAUUUUGUUGAAAGUCAAAUAAUAGCUCAAUAUGGUGAAGGAGGCACAAUUUCAUUUUGGAUUGGAGCUUACAAACCAAAUACCGAUUGGUCAUGGUUUGACGGUAUGCCUAUUACCAAUGGGAAGUGGUCGUGGUUUGCAGUAAGCAGAGGAAAUGGAUAUUUAUAUAUGAGUUCUUUCGCGACGACGAGUGUAAAAGUAGAAGCGAAACAAGGAGGAAAAUUAGAAGACAGUCAACUCAUCAAAGGUGCCAAACUGGCUAUCAUAACUUGUCUAUUUGAACCUCCAAAACCUAAAACCAUGCAUAAGCUUGAUGCUACUUCUGUAGAAGACUACAAACAGUUGCAAGAAUAUGAAAAAAAGAAGUUUCAACCGUUGACUUGUGCUCUCCAUCUCCUUGUCUUCAUUGGGGAACCUGCUCAAGUAUUGGGUGUCAAAGAAGUUGUAAAUGUGUGGAUGGUUUUACAGGAAAUAAUUGUGAGACAAGUAACUCCAAUUUCAAUCUCCUCUUCAAAACAUAAUUACACUGCGAACAUCGGGGAAUCUAUCACAGUGACGCUGGAUAUUCAAAGCAAUCACGGCCCAGUGAGAAUACAAGCCUUCAAAAAUUUAAACUUCUACAAUGUGAUUUCUACCAAACAAAAUGUUGUUUCAAAUGUUACAGAAAUACAAAUUGGGCCUUUUAUGGAUCCCAGCACGAAAACCAUAUAUACUUUCCGCGCGGACCCUGAGUCCAACCUUGGUGCCUAUUUCACAUCAACAUCGAUAACUGUUGUUAUUGAAGCUGGAGCUACAAUAAGUCAGCUACGACCAACAGAUAUCACCAUUGGAACAAGUCCAUAUUCUAUCAGAUGUUACGCAACCGGCGUGCCAUUCCCAACUAUUCUUUGGUACAAAGAUUCAAUACUUAUCACCAAAAGUAGUUCAUCUAAUGUUUAUCAACGGAUAUAUACAACUUAUGCUGGAUUAUAUGCCCAGAAAGCCAACAUUUCUGAUGCUGGAAUCUAUACUUGCGUUGCAUCUAAUACAAUAAAAGGAAUUGAAAAGUCGGCAAACUCUACAGGAGUCAUGAGAUCCAAAAUAAUCUUCGUCAACUCCUCAGUAAUAUCGCCUACCAUCACCUCGAAAUGUCUUCAAAUAACGUGCUCUUUUGAAGAAUUUACUAUUCCCACAAUAGAUUGGAAAGUUAAAAAAGAAGAAGGUUAUAUGAAGAUUUUCCCAAAUUUUCCUGGAUCAGUGUUCAGAUAUCAGAAUUAUGCUGAACCGACAGUUUACCCGAUUAGAAACUCAAGUCAAUUAUAUAUUUUAUUAUCCGAAUAUUUGGGGAAAAUUGAAGUUGUCUGCUACGCAUGGAAUGAAUUCGAAAAAUCUUCGGAUGAAAACGUUUUUCAAAUGAACCAAAAUGUUGCGAUAUCUACCGGAAAGUUGUAUAAGUUAUUCGGAAAUAUACAAGACGAAAAAAGGAAUAUGUCCGGCGCUCAACACUAUUGCUAUUCUACUGGAGGUCGACUGGCUGAAAUUCCCAACAGUAAAACUCAAGCAUCUCUUAAAUCAAUGAUUAUUCAAACCGGGUUUGCAUCAAACAUAUAUGUAGGUGCAAAAAGGACAAUUGAGGACAAUAGUGAAAUAUGGAGAUGGAAUGAUAACACAUUGUUUUACAACGAGACGAAGAAUGGAAGAUGGAUACAGAAUGAAAGUUUUGCAGAUGGAAAUUAUGUUGCUUGGCAUAAAGGAAGACCCUAUUAUGAUGUAUCCUGUCUAAUUUUGCGAUCAAAUUAUCAGUGGGAAUGGGCUGAUUCCUAUUGUAUAUCAAUUAUUGGCUUCAUUUGUGAAAGAACAAUUCCGGAUAUCACAAAAAAUUUUAAUGCAACAGUAGACGAAUGCAGCACUAAUAUAACACUCAGGUGGUUUACUUCAGCAGAAGCGGUGGGAGUUUUACACAGAAUCGAUGUCAUACAUGAAGAAUCAAAUACGACUUUACAAAACUGGAGAACAGAUGUUGUUCCUUCCCAUCAAAAUUUGAUGUCAUUGAGACUAUUAAACUUAAAUUAUUCUACAGCGUAUCUUAUCCGGAUGACUGUUUGUCCAACUGAGUGUGGGCAUCCAUUUGUAACAAGCAGAAAAAUAAGAAUAAAAGCUGCGAUUGCUUCUAACAUUUUGGCAAUUGAAGCUUAUGUAACGAAAACAACACAGAACAAAUCUUGUUUAAUAUCUUGGAAAGUUGAUGCAACAAAAUAUGAAAUACUUAGAUUCAAAAUACGCGCAAUGUCAGUUCUUGUCUACACAGCAAUUGAACCAAAUGGGCCACAUAUAGAAGAGCUCAAUGCAGCCACAGACCCGAACCACGUAGACUUUGCUUAUUCCUUCAACAGAAAGUAUUCAUUUAGCAUCCAGGCAGUGACAUGUACUGGUCACGGUCCAAUGUUCGAUGUUUUGGGAAGUUGUGUCACAGAAAGAGGGGCACCCGAUGUAGUUCACGUACCUGCGAUAGUAAAAUCAAGUAAAGGCGGAGAUGUUGGUGUCACAAUACUAUUCCCAGAAGAAAGUAAUGGACCAAUAAGUUGCUUAUUUCUGAUUCUUGUCUACAAACCUGACAACACUUCAAAUCAAUGGAUAAAAACAUUUGAUGAUCUUGUCAAACUCGCCAAAAGAAAAGUAAAUGAAAAUGAAGCUUAUAUAGCAUUUGCAAUGACAAGGUCAGAUAUUUCAGAUGCGCAAAGUCGUACGAUUUCAAAAAACCUAGGUGAUGAAACUGUGUCGUCAUGCAUUGUUAACGCUAAUAUAAAUGCAGUUCGCACAAAACGAGAAGCAGCCACCAAAAUUGAAAUAAAAGGAAAUAACCUAAAACUUGAAGAUGGCGCACAAUACAGUUACUUUACGAUAUCUGCAUCUCCGGGAGACGACAACGCAGUAAUGUUGAAAUUUAGCAAUGUAUCUCACUUCAUAAAAGAAACAGCAACGACAGAGGAAUCAACCAACACAACGAUUGCUAUUACUGUCACUUGCAUCGAAAUCUUAAUUCUUGCGGCGUUGUUAGUUUUUUGGAUAAUUAGAAGAAAGAGGAACAGAAACGAAGAAAGAAAAUCAGCCACGCAUGAUGCUCCCGCUAUUAGUCCAUAUGAAACCACAUUCAUAUCAAGCGUCGCUUCAUCAAGUUCUAAACAAAUUCAACCAGAGUCCCCAUACAGCUACGAAAACGAUGCCACGUGUUAUGAAGAACCAAUGAAGACAAUCAAAAAAGACGAAAACAACAGGAAAACAUAUGAAAAUAUAAAUCCCUACGAGACUUGUGAUAUCAAGUCAGACUCGGAUGAAACUAAGUACGAGGAAGUAAAGCCGAGACGUUGAAAAAUUAACUUCCUGAACUCCGAGUUGGAGCGGAGAACAUAUACCAUAUUAUGUAUGAAAAUGCUAUUCAUUAUUAAUUGUUUUGACCUUUGCUUCCUCAAAUAACUAUAACUUACUUGUUAGCUGUUUAGGUCAAAGUACUUUGACGUUUCAGGAUGUGUAUCUUGGCUUAGCCGAUUCUCACCAACUCAUUUGAGGUUUAUUGUAAAUUUGUAAAAAACAUUUGGAUGCAUUUGAGAAAUCUUAAAAAAUAUACUUCGUAAACUAUGCACAGAUUUUAAAUUAGCCAAUUUGCGAUAAGAACAAACUGUCCAUUUGAAUUGUGUAUUGUCAACCCUGGUUACGUUAUAUGUCAAUAUUCCUAUAUCAGUGAUUCUAUUCUGGAUUUAUUUUUCAAGCGUCAUCUCUCAUCUUUGCGUUUAAACUGAGAAAAUCACAAGAUUGUAAUGAAAUAGUUGUUUUAUGACUAGUAACAAGUUGCAUUAUCUCAUUUUGUAAAUAUGUAUUUUGUGUACAAAAUUUAUUUCUGGAAAAUUGACACGUUUUGAGUAAAAAACUAAAAGUAGUGAUUUAUUGAAGGAAAAAAUAACCGAAUAGUGCUGAAAUUAAAUUCUCUGAUUUAUUUCCGCUUAAAUUAAUGAUCACAUAAUUCAAGUAUGACCAAAUGUAAGAAGUAGUGGCGCUCUUAAUACGUUUCUAAUUAACCCGACUUUAAAAAUGUACUAUACUAUACUUCACCAUGGGGUGA